AUGAGUGGAGAACUAAGUGAAAGAGAUAAUGCUAUUCUUAAUUGCAUUUUUAACCCAAACUUACCAUUAGAAGAGGCUGCUUCAAUUUCAGAGGAACAGUUGGAAGACAAAGAAAAUUUAUCUACAGACCAGGAACACACAAAAAAAUUGGAAAUUGAAAGUGUGCAAUUAGCUGAAAAUGGAAAUUUAACUGAAGCUCUAAGCAUUAUUAAUAAAGCAAUUGAAAUAGCUCCCCAAAGACCUUCGUUAUAUAAUAAUAGAGCACACAUUUUUCAGUAUCUAAGAAAAUUUGAUGAUGCAUUUAAAGAUGUAAAUAAAGCAAUAGAAUUAUGUAGUGAAACCCAUCAAAAAACAUUAAGCCUUGCCCAUUGUCAAAGAGGAGUAUUAUACCGAAAAUUUGAAAAAAAUGAUUUGGCACGUUCAGAUUUUGAAGUAUCUGCAAAAAUGGGAAAUACAUUUUCUAGAAAACAGCUCGUUGAACUUAAUCCCUAUGCAGCUCUUUGCAACCAAAUGCUCAGACAAGUGAUGGACAAAUUGAAAUAA